UGCACUUAGCCGCUCUUACUGCUCACACGCCUUUCGUUGUUUAUGCAAUUCGCUUGCCGCUUGUUCGGCGCGCAUUUCAACUUGUCUGUUUAGUUCGGAAGCGACUUUUGCCGUGUUUGGUUAUUAAUUUCGUGAUUUCGUGUGUGCGUUGCGAUUAGGAAACUAUUUGCCGCCGGUUGUUGGUUCUUGUGUGCCGCAGUUGACAGAAAGCAAAUGGCUGCAUGCCGCAUUUGCACAGUGCCAUUGGAGGAGUGCUAGAAUUGUAAAGUGAAAAGAAUUCGAUAAUGUUAUUAAAUAUUUAUAAAAAUUGUGCAAUAUUCGCAUGUUUUGAGUGAUAUUCAACUUCAUCAUUGCUGGAGUGUAAAGUGAGCUGAUUUGCGUAAAAAAAAUAUGCUGCACAAUUAAGAGCUGAAAAGGCAUGAUAAACGUGAAGAAUGAAGUGAAUUGUGCUUAGAAUAUGUACAUAGGUGUGUAUGCAUAUGUAUGUAUGUAUGCAUAUGCAUUGUAUAUGUAUGCUUACUUGUAAUAUUGUAGUGAAACAUAAUUUGGAAAGUGCAGGUUAUGUUGUUAAAAAAUUGUAUUGAAAAAGUUAUAAGUGCUAAAAGUAGAUAAAAUGAAUAAAUGAUUUUGAAUAUCAUAAGCGAAAAUAUAUGUAUGUGUACAUGAGUAUUGCUUGGCAUAAAAACCAGUACAACCAUUAUUCGAAAGUGAAUAAGAGCCACGCAGAGCCGAAAAGUGUUUGGAAAAGUGAUGCAUCAGCCCUAAAGUCUUUCAAGAAUGAUAUUUAUGGAAGCAGUCAUCUAUAAACUACUACUAUAAACUUGGAUAUAACAUAUUUUAUAUCGAAUGGUGAAGUAAUAAGUACAUGGCAUGCAAUUUACUAUAGAAAAGUGAAGUGGAACGUAGAAUUAGUUUUGAAAAUAGUUUUUUAAAAAAAUUAAAAACAAGAAUAUCUAACACCAGAUGCUCGAAAAAAAAUAAUAUGGCAUAAAAAUAUAUAAAACAAAGUCAAAUUUGUGCUGUUUGAGGAACAUUUUUGAGAUUACUAUAAAUUUUGAAUCUCAAAAGUUAAGCAAAUAUAGCAAAUAUACUAUAAAAAUAAAAAUGUAUAAAAAAAGUGCGUGUAAAUGGGAGAUUGUGCCCAAAAGAGGAUAGAAACCACUACCUUCUAUCUAAGGAUUAUUAUUAUUUUGUAAAUAGAAAUCAAAAUCUUCAUUUAUAAACUGAAAUCGGGAAAAAAAUUAUAAAAAAAGUCAACUAAAGUAAAAUGUAAAAAUUAUUUUACAAAACAGUGUAAGAAAAAAUUGCAGACAACAACAAAAAAUUGGAAAAUAAUUUCAUUUUAAUUAUUUUAUAUUACAAUGUGAUAAAAAAAUGCAGAAAACAACAAAAAAUGGAAAAUAAUUUUAUAUUAAUUAUUUUAUAUUACAGUGUGAGAAAAUUUUGCUGAAAACAGCCAAAAAUUGGAAUAUAAUGUUAUUGUGAGUGUCUCCUAAAACAAAAAAAUAAAACAUUUGCUGCCAAGAAAGAUUAGCAGUUUGAUUACCAAGCAGCACAAACAGAAAUAUUUUCGAAAUAACUGAAAAAGCAUGAAAUUAAAUCACUAAAUUAUAUGUGGAAAUUAAAAAAAAUACGUUAAAAUAAAAUAAAAAAUGUAUUGUGUUGGAAAAAAGUUUUUGAUAAAGUAAAAAAAAAUUGAAAAAAAUGUUUAAUGAUGGAAAAAUAAUGUUUUUACAAAAAUAAAUAUAAAAAUUGCUAAAACUAAUUGACAUUGUAGGAAUUGUGUAUAAAGUACAUGCGAUAAAAUUUUUCCUAUGAACCGCAUCAAAAAAGGGUUCCAGGAAUGCAUACAAAAUAAUUAUAUUAUAUACGCCAAAAGUGUUUAAUUGCAGCAAGUUCCUCUAAAAUCGAGCCGUUUAAAUAUCAAUAAAAGAAUUGCACAAAACAAAUACACAUACAGCAAUAAAAUCCAAUAAAAAACGUGUGCAAAAUCCACCACACAUCAUUAAAAAUUCUAAAUCACCCGUUUACAUCGUGAAAAUGUACGCGCAUCAAAGCAAAAUGCCGACGGCAGGUCGUAACUGUAACGUGCUAAUCUGUGCCAUAGUCGUCGCGUUCACUUGUUGCCUCACACCGCCAACCGUACGCGCCGUGCAUCGGUAUGAUCAAACGCCCGUCGAAGCUAGCCCUUACUACCGCACCUCCGCAUCGGGUGAAAUGAUCAGUUCAUCGGCGAUGACAAGUGAUGCAUUUCCGCAUCAUAAUCGUUGUGAACCGAUUACGAUUUCCAUAUGUAAAAAUAUACCCUACAAUAUGACAAUAAUGCCGAAUUUAAUUGGUCAUACGAAGCAAGAGGAAGCCGGUUUGGAGGUACAUCAAUUUGCGCCGCUCGUUAAAAUCGGUUGUAGUCCCGAUUUGCAGUUAUUCCUUUGCUCUUUGUAUGUGCCCGUUUGUACGAUACUCGAACAACCGAUACCGCCGUGUCGUUCGUUAUGUGAAUCGGCGCGUAUCUGUGAGACACUCAUGAAAACGUAUAAUUUCAAUUGGCCGGAGAAUUUGGAGUGUUCGAAAUUUCCCGUUAGUGGCGGUGAGGCUUUGUGUGUUGCCGAGAAUACGACUUCGUCGACGCCGACACCGACGCGUAGCAUACCGAAGGUGACGCCGCGUAAAAAUUAUGCAGACAGUCCGCAUCGUAAUAUCGGUUUCGUGUGUCCGGUUCAAUUGAAGACACCCCAAGGAAUGGGUUAUGCGCUAAAAGUUGGUGGAAAGGAAUUACGCGACUGUGGCGCACCGUGUCAUGCCAUGUUCUUCCCGGAAAAAGAACGCACUGUACUCCGCUACUGGGUUGGCUCGUGGGCGGCUGUCUGUGUGGCAAGUUGUCUAUUUACGGUGCUGACCUUUCUCAUUGACUCGUCGCGUUUUCGCUAUCCGGAGCGUGCCAUUGUUUUUCUCGCCGUUUGCUAUCUCGUCGUGGGUUGCGCGUAUGUGGCCGGUUUGGGCGCGGGCGAUUCGGUGGCGUGUCGUGAGCCCUUCCCGCCACCGGUGCGUCUAGGGCGGUUGCAGAUGAUGUCGACCAUAACGCAGGGUCAUCGCCAAACCACCGCUUGCACGGUUUUAUUUAUGGCGCUGUACUUUUGUUGCAUGGCCGCGUUUGCUUGGUGGUCGUGCUUGGCGUUCGCCUGGUUUUUAGCCGCCGGCCUCAAAUGGGGUCACGAGGCGAUCGAAAAUAAAUCGCAUUUAUUUCAUUUGGUCGCCUGGGCCAUACCGGCGUUGCAGACAAUUUCGGUGCUGGCAUUGGCCAAAGUUGAAGGCGACAUACUCUCCGGCGUUUGUUUCGUCGGUCAACUGGAUACACACUCACUCGGCGUCUUCCUCAUACUACCGCUCUGUAUUUAUCUCUCCAUCGGCGCACUCUUUUUACUCGCCGGCUUUGUAUCGCUCUUUCGCAUACGUACCGUUAUGAAGACAGAUGGCAAGCGUACGGAUAAAUUGGAGCGUCUCAUGAUGCGUAUCGGUUUUUUCUCAGGACUCUUCAUAUUGCCGGCGCUCGGUUUUCUCGGCUGUCUCUUCUAUGAGUAUUAUAAUUUCGAUGAAUGGAUGAUACAAUGGCAUCGCGAUAUUUGCAAACCCUUCUCCAUACCAUGUCCGCAGUUGCGCCAGGAUGGUUUGGAAUCGCGGCCCAUCUUCCAGAUUUAUAUGGCCAAAUAUUUGUGUUCAAUGUUGGUGGGCGUUACGUCGAGCGUGUGGUUGUAUUCGGGUAAGACGAUGGUGAGUUGGCGUAACUUCGUCGAGCGGCUGCAGGGGAAGGAUCCGCGUACGCGUGCUCAGGCUUAUGUUUAGUUUAGUUUAAUUAUUGGUAUCGUCAACAUUAUUAUUAAGAUAUGUAAGAGAGUGUGUGUGCUUGCAAAUUUCUCUUUGCAGUUGUUGCGUGAGUGAGUGUAAUAUGUGUUUGAGUUAUUUUUUUGAACUUUUUUUUUAUUUUUGAGCAUAUUUUGUAAAAUAUUUCAUUAAAAAUGUUAGUGUAGUAUCCCAAGUCUCCUAAAAAUUACUUAACACAUAUAGAUAUAUAAAGCCUUGUUGUUUAUACCAACUGCUCAAUAGCUUAUUUGCACUCAAAUGAAUUGAGUGAAAGCCAAAAUGUUAGGUUAUAUAACAAUUAAAACUACUUAAGAAAUGAGAUUAUUAAGUAAUACUGCUGCUUAUGCUUGUAUGUGUGUGUUUGAGAAAUUUUUGUAUUGAGUGUUAUUUAUGCAGGUGUGUGCUAUUUGUAAUAAUUAUUUGAGUUUGUAAUAUAAUUGAGUGUUUUAGCCAUUUUUCUGAAACUUUUGAGUGCAAAUGUUAAAAAAGUAUAGUGUGUUAAAAAGCUCAGCGAUUUCCAAAUUUUAUAAAAAAUAUGAAAAAAUAAUCAAAAUUAAUUUUUAAGUCAAAUUUUUGUGUCUAAGUGCUUCAAUUGUACGUAUUAUUAUUAAUAUAAUGUAUUUUUACUUUUAAUUUUGAUUGUGUAAAAACUUAACGGAUAUAUUUAGUUUGUAGUUGUAAAAGCUUUACAUGUGCCCUAAACAUAGUUGUAAAGAAGUAAACUUUUAAUAUAUUAUUCCACAGACAGAGAGAGAAGGCAGCUGAGAAGUUCGAAACAUACAAAAAUUUGGAAAAUUGGCAACAUAGCCAAGUGCAAAUUGAAAAGCGUUUAAAUUAUAAAAGGUCUUUAUACAUUUUCGGCAAGAAAUUUAUUUUUCUUAUUUCCACGUAUAUGUUAUUCCAGAUAUUUUAUUCUUAUUUCCACCUAUAUGUGAUCGAGAGCCUAAAUAGCGCACCUGUCGGAAUUGUCGGCAUAGAAAAUUGUAAUGUAAGAAGCAAUAGGCUCUUUUAAGAGACCCUAGGCGAGCAUUAUGAGCACUCCAUUUGUCAGAUAACACCAAAAUGAUUAAGAAAAGUGUAAUUAGUAAUAUGACUUGUUGCAGAAAUAACUUUCAAUACUGUGUUUCACAAGUUCAUAAAAGUCAAUAAGCUCUUUGAAGGGACUCAAAUAAAUUUUACAUAUCUCCAUUUGACAGAUAACCAAAAGUAUAAGUAUUCUAAUUUUUUUAAAGAAAUAAUUUUCAAUACUGUGUUUCACAGGUUCAUAAAAAUCAGUUAACCACCAAAAUACAUAGCUAGGAGAAAUAUGUAUUUUAAUAAUUUUUUGGCGGAAGAACCUUUAAUACUGUGUUUCACAAGUUCAUAAAGUCAAUAAAAUUUUUGAAUGGACUCAAAACGAUUUUAGAUCCCUCUAUUUGACAGAUAAUACCAAAAUAACUACCGAAAUUAUAUAUAUAUGUAUAUAUAGUAAGUAUUAUUCCAAUUUCUUCAAGAAAUAACUUUCAAUACUCUGUUUCACAAGUUCAUAAAAAUCAAUAGACUUUUCUGUUAGACUCAAAGAGAUUUUAAAUCGCUCGAUUUGUCAAAUAACACUAAGAUACCCACAAAAAGUAUAAAUAAUUGUAUAAUCCCUUGGAGAAAGCACUUUCAGUAAUGUGUUUCACAAGUUCAUAAAUUUUAUUAAUUUUGAUUUAUAAUAUAGCACUGAGAAGGAAGGAAGAAAUAUUAACUGGCGGAACCCAGAUAAUGACUUUGAGGAACCCUGCGCUGGUUUUCCCAUACAUAUAUAUAUAUUUUUUUUGUUUUUUGGGAAUUUUCUACCAAAUUAGUACCAGUGCUGUAUUUGCUGAUUGGAAUGUGGAAUAAAACUUUAAAAAUUUCAAAAAAGAGGUUUCAGACUCGUUGGACCAUUUCGAGAUUAUUAUAUAGAGAUAUAUUGACUAUAUUUUCGGACCUCUUUUAUUGAUAUAUUGUAUUUUUGAAUUACACAGCGAAAUAACUGAACCAAAAUUUAUCGACUUUUUAUUGAGAUCGGUCUUAAUAACGUUAUAAUUUUCCAAAAUAAAUAAUUAUUCCAAAAAUUAUUAAUUAUAUUUCGUGUAAUUUUCCUCCAAUCAAAUCUUCAGACGAAAUUUGUUUUAUUAAUAAUUUUUAAAAUUCUCUAAACUGCCUUCUCUUAAAAAUUAAGCCUAAAAACUCGAAAAUAUAAAGUAAAAAAAUUUCAAAAUACAAAAAAAACUGCAACUGACUUUCUACUACAACAAAGAACCAUAAGAAAAACGUCCUCCAUGUGCUAAAUAUUUAAAAAUACAAAAAUAAAAAAAUAAAAAUACUAAGAAUUAAGCAGAAAUGUUUUGUUAAACUAGAAUUAAGCUGGUACAGAAUAUAAAAAAUAAAAUAUUUAAGAGAAUUAUUUUAAAAUAAUUUUCUCUUUAGGAAAUAAGCUUGCAUGUUAAAAUUUAAGCGCGACAAAAUAAAAAUAUUUAAAAUUAAAAAAAAAA